AUGCACUGGCUAUUAACAUUUAAUAUUAUAUACCUAUCAAUCUUUUCACGUUCAAGUAUAUCCACUGAUUCUCAAACUGAAAAAAGGAAAAAUAUACUCUUUAUAGUCGCAGAUGAUUUAGGAUGGAAUGAUGUAGGAUGGAACAAUCCAGAUAUGCAUACUCCUAAUCUAGACACGUUAGCGGAGAAUGGUAUAAUACUAAAUCAGUCAUAUGUCCAGCCUACAUGUACCCCAUCCAGAGUUUCGUUUAUGACGGGAUACUUUCCUUAUAAAUUGGGAUUACAACAAAAUGGUCUAAGACCACUUGAAUCCAAUGCCGUAAGUUUGAAUUACACAAUGAUGCCAGAGAAGCUAAAGGAAUUAAAUUAUUCGACCCACAUGAUUGGAAAAUGGCAUUUGGGAUAUUGCAAUAAAAAUUUUACUCCAACUUCAAGAGGGUUCGAUUCGUUUUUCGGAUUUUAUUUAGGAAGCCAAGAUCAUUUUUACCACAACACGUCUGGUGUAUCGAAGAAUGGUACUAAAUUUAGAGGAUACGAUUUUCAUUACAAUUAUAACCCCUAUCCGCAGGCCAUCGGAGUUUAUUCGACAGAUCUUUAUGCCGAAAGAACUAUAGAAAUAAUAAACAAUACUGAUGAGGACAAACCCUUUUUCAUAUAUCUGGCUUUCCAAAACCCCCAUAGUCCCCCACAGGUACCAAAAGGGAGUCCUGUAUCUGGAUGUCAAAAUAUUACUAAUAAAAAUCGGAGACUAUUUUGUGGUAUGGUAGAACAAAUUGAUUUGGCUGUUGGCAAAAUCGUGUUGGCCUUAAAAAGAAGAGGGCUUUAUAAUGAUACUUUGAUAGUUUUCACAUCUGAUAAUGGUGGUCAGGUUUUACACGGUGGUAACAAUUAUCCUCUAAGAGGUAACAAAGGUACAAUAUGGGAAGGUGGGAUACGAGCUCCUGGUUUUAUUCAUGCCAAAUUCUUAAACUUGCGAAGGGGAUAUGUAAGUAUGAGAUUGUUUCAUGCGGUUGAUUGGUACCCUACGUUUAUAGAAUUAGCUGGAGGUGGCUUAUCUCAAUCCAAAUCUAACCCCAAAAUAAAUACAUCCUUAAAUAUAGAUGGCAUUAGUCAAUGGAAGGGUAUAAUCAAUGCAAGUGCUCCAUCACCUAGAAAUAAUUUUUUGAUCAAUAUGAUAAUAAAAAAAAAAAUUUUCGCCGGGAUCAGAUUCGGAAAUUUUAAACUACUCUUGGGUAUGGCUGGAGAAAUGGAUGAUUGGUAUAAACCUGAUAAUAAGAAGGUUAAUAUAAAUGAUGGAAUGUAUUCAGGAGGUUCCGGACAAACUUUAAAUAAUUCGGGUAUAAAUGAGAUUCUGGACCCAAAAUUCGAAAAUUAUAUUGAAAAAUUGAAAAUAGAUAGAAAUGAUAUUUGGUAUUUCAACAUCAUGAGGGAUCCUUACGAAAAAAAUAAUAUAGACACAAAAGAUAAAGUCUUCUAUAAAAUGCUAGAUUUACUAGUGAUGUAUCGAGAAUCUUACAAAAGUCCUACACGUAUAAGAGAAAAUCUGGCAGGAAAUCCUAACUUCUAUGAUGGAUAUUUCCAUUAUGGUUGGUGUGAUUCAUAUUAA